CCCCCGCCUCCCCGCGGACCCAAGAGCGUCACGUUCUGCACGCACCGCCGCGACUACUACUCCGACCCCGGACACCCCAAGACCAGGCGCAGGCAGAAGAAGAAGCAGCCCGCCGACCCGCUCGACGACGUCCGGUACUACUCCGAGCCGGACGCCAAGUACUUCGAGAUCGACUACGAGUUCCUCAAACAGUUGCGGCAGAUCGCGCGCAGCAACUGUCCCAAGUGUCGACGGAAGCGCACCAGACGCGACGACAGGAGCAGGAGGGACUACGUGAUGUGCCGCGGCCGCUACCACAGCAGAAGGGAGCACUGCCGAUUCUGCUGCAGAAUCUGCAAUCGAUCGACCGACACUCUCGACUCUAUCGAUGACGAUUAUUCGCUAGUAUCGAAGAGCUCCAGUUUCCCCGCUCGCGGCCCGCGUUCCAAAACCGCUUCGAUGUCUCGGAAGAGCUCGAUACAAUCGAUUAAGUCCGUGUCGUUUUUGGAAUCGAGCAGUGAGUCGAUGAAAGUCGAGCCGAACUACACGGCCAAGAGUUUCACAAACGAUUUAAAGAAGUUCUUGCUGAAGCCCUCGUCGCCCCGACUCAGCUUGCGAGAGAAGCUCAUCAACAGUUUCAAACAAGAAUUAGAAGCCACUCGAAAAUCACCUAAACUGAAAGCUAUAAAAGGUCUUUGGAAGUCUUAUUAAUUAACCGACUUCAAAAAAGGAGGAGGUACUCAAUUUGUCGGUGUACUGAUGUUUGACGACUAAUAUUUCACGUUUGACUUAAUAUUGCAAUAAUAAUAUAAACUUUGAGUACUUUUUAGAUGUCAUAAGUAUAUUAACUUAUAAAAAAAAUAAUACUUCUACAUUUUUCCCGUUUCGAACAAGGUGAGCGUUUCCUACUUUCGAUAGUUUUCAGAAUAUUUAUUUUGAAUAUUAUAUUAUUUUUUGUAUAUACGAUAUAUUUUAUAGUUCAUGUUAGUUGAAACUCAUAUUUACUUGGUCUGGGUUCCCGAAUAUCUUGGUGCUUAUUUUGACGUUGUAUAUUUUAUUAUUCUGUAUUGUUAUAUGAUGUAUUAUAUAAUCUUUUGAUCGAUAAUGGUUAGGCGGAAACUUGCAAUAUAAAAAUAAAACUAGCACGGCACACUCUGUCUAAACUUGUUUAUGGUCUAACAUAUUAACGUGAGUGUUCAUAUUGUUCUAAAUUGUAGUGAUAUAUGAAGGGUCGCUGCCUUCGUACCGCAAGAUGAAGAAAAUAUGACUAUUACGAACUUGUUUUGUCUAAACUUUAUUUUGCUUGUAAAAGAAUAUCAAUCAAAUCAUAUUAUUCAGAUAUAGAUGUUUAUUAUGUAAGUAGGUCACUUAAUAGGAUUUUUCCAUGUAUUAAAUUAAUUAUAAUAUCUUAAUUAUUUAACUAUCAAGAUUCAUUUAUAUAUUCACGUAUAUAUUUCUCGUAGCGUACAGUCGUUUGAUUUUGUUUUCUUCAAUUAUGAGGGAUUGAUACGUCUUUCUUAUUAAUUUAUUAUAAAACUUGUAAUGCUCGAUAUUAGUUUAUUUAUAUGGUAGUACGACGGCAGCGAUAUAUUUACAAUAUAUAACCGUAGUCUAAUCUUAUAGGUAGGUGCUACUUACUUUUGUCCAAAUGUGUCCCGUCCCUAUUUUCUCGCGUUAUCGUAAGACGUGUUUUUCUUAUUUUCAGACUGCAUACAUCAGCUCCAAAAUGUUAUCAACCGGUUUUUAUAUACAUACCGGUAUAUCUUUGUAAUAUUACAUAUUUGAUGUUCGUUGAUACAUUAAGUAAAUAUAUUAAAAUUUUUUGUUUUUUACAAAAAAUAGCUGUUAAUUUUUAGGUACAAUUAUUACGAUUUGAAACUAAAAACCAUUUUAAUGAAAAUUGAUUUGAAAAUAUAGUUUUAUGAUUCGCUUCUUAAUGAAACAUGUCUAACGGAACAUUAACAAAUUUAACAGGAAAAUACACAUUUUCCGAAUUGUUAUUCUUUGAAACUGAAGUAUAGCCGUAGUGUAAAUAAUUUGAAUAAUCAUUAUAUUGUUGCAUUCAUACAAAAUGUAAUUAAAUUUCGCCUAUAGGAGUUAUUGAGACAUAGAUCAUAAUAAUAUAGUCGUUUUAUCUUCGUAUAGACAAUUUAAUGUGUGUGCAACUGUAGAAUAUUUUCCUUAUACAGCAUGAUUGUUAAGACACUAAGAUGACUUGAUUGGCUAUUGUACAUUUAGAAAAAAAAAUAUUAAUUUACUACAUUGUACUACUUAACCGAAAAUGUUUUAAUCAUUUGCGUAAUUAAUUACAAAGUUUAAAAAGAAAAUACCCCGCGGUUAGAUGCGUGGAAGUGGGACGCGACGAUGCGGACACACGGACUCGUUGGCGCUUGCGCUUAAUUAAAGUAAAAGGUGCAGUGAUAUGUCCACAUUUCGUUUAUUUAUAGAGAAUUUGUUAAAAAAUUAAGUACCUAAUUUGUUUCAUAAUUAGAAUGAAAUCGCGUUGUCUCCUUAAAUAAAUUUAGUGUCUUACCACUCAUAUUGUAUAUGACUAGUAUCAAAAUUAUUUUGCCUGAAAUAUUUUGAAAUUUAAUACAUACAAAUUGGUUUGGAUGCCAGAUUUAACAUCGUCUCUUCAAAACAAGUGUCGUAGAUAUAAACGUAGACGACUAGGGAACAAUAGGAAUCGUAUAACUUUAAAUAUGUCUAGAUUAUAUUUUAUGUAGGUUUAGGUGUAGAUGAUAUAUCAAAAACUUUAUUCCAAAUCUACCUUUCUUCGAUAGGAACUAAGUCUUGGACAUGUAUGCCCAUUUUUUAUAACACAAUACUCAUCAAUUCGAUACUCAAAGCAACUUGAUCCUUCUUUAAUCAUGUCUUAGACUAUGUGUGGCUUGUCCAAAGUAUUGUUUAGUGAGUUCGGGUGAAUCUUAGCAAUAAAUAUGUGCCCUAUUGAAUCAACGAAGUUUUAGUAUCAUAUGCAAUAAAAACAGUAACUUUAUUUAUGUGUUUGUGGUCAAGGUGCGUAAUCUAACCAAAUGUAAACAAACUAAAAUUGACCAGAGUCAAGAUCGCCGGAAUACGUUGAAUGAGGGCAGUGCAGGACCGAUCGUCGUGGAGAUCUUUGGAAGAGGCCUUUGUCCAGCAGUGGACGUCUUCCGGCUGAUGAUGAAACAAAACUAAAAGACAUUAGAGAGUUUUGUAAUAUGCGCCUUUCCGGUUAAUGUUGAUUUGAAGAAAAACGCCCGUUGUAUGCGAUAUUAACAUAAACUUUGUGAAUAUUUGCCCCUGGGCGUCUUACCGGAUGUCUAGAGAUACUACCCUAUCUUGUUGUUUUGUACCAUCUAUGUUUUCACGUCAUAUGUAUUUGCAGGAGUUAAAUACAAUUAAUUCACGAUCUCAUUGUUACGUGAUGAGGCUUGUUAUAGUUAUGUGCUCCUACACAUUCAAUUGUUCUAUAGCAUGUUAAAAAUGAAUGUCAUGAAUAUAAGGUAUGACAUAAUAUGAUUUAUUAACUUAUGUUCUAUUAUCGCGCACAUUACAGUAAGUUAAAUAUUUAUAGUACUCACACUAAUCUAAGAAAUGUUACGUCUUAUAACAAAAUAGUAGCAAAAACAAAGAAGUGCGAGACAGACAGGUAUGUUGACCUUGAUACAUGUGCUGUGUGACGUUACGCAAUGUGUGUAUGAGUUGAACGUGUCCUUAUCGGAAUAUACUGUCAUUGUAUAAAUUUUUCCGAAACAAUAUCCAGACUAGAUUUAUGUUGUGAUUAAACCAAAAAACGUCCAAAAAGGUUUCGUAAAGGUCAAAAUAGAAUCACGGUUUUUAAUCCUUACUACGUUUCGAUAUUGAAACUCAGUUUUUCAUGUAAUUUACAAUAAAGAUAUAAACCUUUCGAAAUCGGCGAGUGCCCCCGCGCCGCGGUAUGUUUUAGAUCGUCGUGAUUUUGGCGCGCGCGCAGCGGCCUGUCAAUGCGUAUUAUUUGAUAACAAGCUAUAUGACCAUGCAAAAUAAACCAUCUUAUAAACCAAAUGAAGGUCAGAUCUUGGUCAGGGAGCGUGCCGUACGGCACUUCCGAUUUUAGUGUAUCUGAGAAAUCUAGUGACAUAUUGCACUUCCCGAUUUCGUAAGGUAAAUCUGUACCAUAUUAACUCAUACAAAAUUACUAAUUUGUAUUUGAAGGUACAGUUGGACAAAGAAAUGUAUUUAUUAAUACUUUAAAGCAGCCUUUUUAAUGUGUGUUGUAGAACUGUUGUGUGUGUGAGUGCACCAUCCAGCACAUUUAGUGGUUAAGUUUGUGUACAGUUUUGAGUUUACAUUGUUUACGCAUUGCCGAUGCUACACGGUUGUUGGUUACGUGUUAAGUUUUCAAUUAUUUGUAUCGCUACCGAGCAUUAUUUGGUGCAAUAGAUCGAUAUUGCCAGUUGCCGAAAUACUUCACAAUCAUAUCAAUAGCAAUGUGUCUAAAACAUUGAAUCAACUGUUACAGUUUUUCUACUGGCAAUAUUCAACAAACGUAAUAGUUACCAUAACGUUAAUAUCGAUUUGCACAAAUCCAGAUUUGCUUUUUUUUUCUAGUUUUAAGUCGAUUUUACUUUGAUCUGAUUCAGCUAAUUUAUUAUUUCGUUAAAAUGACCGCGUGUUGAAAGACAGACUCAAUCAAUUUAUUUAUUUUGUAUAGUGAGGUCCCCGUUUAACAUUAUUAUAACUUAGGUUACAUGCUUCAAAUAGAUUUAUUAUAUUUAAUAAAGUCGGUAUGCUCUCAGCACUCAUCGAGUUCAUUUUUAAUCUUUUCAACCCUAGUAAUUUUAAAUUGUAAAAAAAUUAUUAAUACUCAAAACGAUUGACCAACUUAUCGAGAGGAAGAAAACUUUGACCCAAUCAGGUAGUAUAGGUAUAUAAGCAUAUAAUACGUUUAUUAAUAUGUUUAAACUUGAAAGUUCUUCUUUUGUAUUGCUUUAAUUUUUAUAACUUUCGUAUUAUUUUAAAUAACUUUAAAAUAUAAUUCCGUAAUAUCUUCUAUAUAGGCGUAAUUUCUAAUGGAGUUUCUGACAUUUUUGCUUUUGUAACUAAAAUUCUUCGAUUGUCGCGUGUGAUCCCACUUCUGACAAUCGUCCUGUUAUGGAACGAAAAAUUUUACUCAGUGGCGUGUAUUUACGAGCUGAUAUAGUAGCGAGCUUUUAAUUAGCGUCAAUAAAAUAGGUAUCUAACAAUUUGAAAUUAUUUUUGUCCCACUAUGUCUUAUUAUUUAUUGUUGUGUUUCUACGACGUCCGCCAAGAGUCGGUUGCUAACUUCUCUCACAUUUGUUAUAUCCAGUGGACAGUGUUUGUUUCACCUUGAUAAUUAGGAUUCCGGUGGACGCGAUUGUGAAAACCCUCUAAAACCAAACAAAUAAUAUCUUUUUCCAUGUCAGUUUUGACUUCUUUUAGAGUAUUUAUUAAAAUUAAUGCGCUAUAUUCCACGAGGUCACCUCACGAUGUGGAUCGAGAGAUAGGUUCAUUCAGUCUCCGUGUUCUUGGCUGCUUGUCUUCGUAACCCGUCUAUUAUCUAUUUCCUAUACCUGUCGCAUGUAUAUUGUCAAAGCCGUGAUAUUACUAUAUCUACCAAUUGAUUAUAAUAUCACUAUUACAAUAUCACUAAAACCAGGCCUUUAAAUUAUAAGAAAUGAAGUCGAUUGACAAUCUACCGUGCAAUAAUAAUAUCACUAGUGAAAUUGUAAUAUCACAACUUUGACGACAUACCCACGGAUUGUUAGUAUACUGACUUUAUUAACUAAAAUAUAUCUAUUCUUUAGAAGAAACAUAUGGCGUACCUACUUCCUACGGGGCCUCGAGAGUAUUUAAAAUUAACGCGUUUAAUUAAUUAUUUAUAUUCUUGUAUAUAUUACAUUUUAAACUGUACAUUUUAACGAUAUUUUUUUAAGAUUUUUUAAUUUAUAUAAUUACUGGGUCCAUGGAUGGUUUUGUCCUGUAAUAUUAUAUUUAUGUCGUGUUUUAAAUAUUUCUAGUGAUAUUUCCCUUCUGCUCUCGUUUAAUGAGAUAGAAUGAUAAUGGUUCUAAUAGAAAUAUUUCGACAUCAUUUUAGAAUAGUCGCCCCGAAUGUAUUUUAAAAUUGACAAUAAUAUCAGUAUUUAUAUGAUACGUGAUAGCGUUGUGAACACCGUAUUAUUAAAAUUGGUUGUGUUCAAUCUGUAUUAUUUAUCACAAGCGAAUUUGUUAUAAUUAAGCGAUAAUGGUCUGAAUUCAUUAAUUACAAUCAAAUAUUUGAAAGUUUUAUUUAAUGUCGUAAAUAAUAUUCGCACUCGUGUUGUGGACCCCACAUCGAUGAUCACCUACCAUCAAGUGACAUACUUGUCCUCCAAAUAUCUCCAUGUCUGAAUAAAAAUAGUUGUUAUUGAUGUAAACAAUUUCUUUUUUUUAAAUUGAUAUUCCUCACUUCAGGGAUUAAUUAAAUUAAAAUACAUUUAUAAACAAAAUUGAUGAACGAUACGGGACUCGAACCCGCGACCUUUCGAGUUCCGUCCGACCGCUCUUCCACUGAGUAUCGUUCGUAAAUGUCUUGUUCAACCUUUUUAUUCAAAAUUUAGUAGGUAAUAAUAGGUUUAGUUUUCUUAGAACCAAUUAAAAUACAUGCGUACAAAUAAAAAACUGAUUGAAUAUAUUGAACCUAUUUGUUUGUUAACAUUUCGAUAAUUGUUUCUGUAUUUUGUAAUGGUAUUAUUUUUAUUAUAUCUUUUAUCAUAGCAUAGUUUUGUGUAUAUUUCUAUGAGGCCUACGUUAGUCUAAUGAAUAUUGUCUAUGAGAACGUUGCAACGAAUUGUUUGAUGUAGAUUGAAGCAAUAAAUAAUAUAUGAGAGUG